AUGCACUUUGUCCGAGAUUUUUCACUAAAUUUAACUGCUUCAGAAACUGAAGAGCUCGGAAUAGUGGUGAUUUUGGGGGUUAAGUUGGGUGAACAUGAGAAAAAGGACGUUGGAACAAAAUCUGAAGCAUGGCAUCAAGGCGAAUUCCUACUGGGAACUACACCUAAACGAUUUACUGCAUUUGCCAAACCUCCGUUAAAAUUAGUAUUUCCUUGUGUUGAAGAUGUCAGAAAUAGUUUAGAAGGUUAUAAAGCAGGAGGUUCAUUGCCUUACAGUGAUUCAACUCAUCAGAAACAAUUGUAUCUAACAAAAUUUCUUCAUCGAUGGAAAAGUGAUAAAAAAGGAAGAACUCGUGCCUCGCCACACAUUAAAUCAUAUUUCAGAGUUUCUCCUGACAUGAAACAAAUUCACUAUGCAGUUCUAACUAGCGCAAAUCUCUCUAAAGCAGCCUGGGGUGGUUUAGAGAAACAAUCUUCUCAACUUUGCAUACGAUCUUAUGAACUUGGAGUCCUAUUUCUACCAAAGAUUUUUGGACAACAAGAUACCUUUGUUGUUUCAGACGGUCUGGUAGUGAUCGGUGACGGAGAAAAAGAUCCUAUUUCAUUCCCAUUGCCUUUUGAUUUACCUCUAACUCGUUAUGGAGAUAAGAUCAACCAUGGAGAUGGGAUGUUUGUUAUAAAAGUAUUCCAGAUUCUCAUGGAGAUGUGUGGAUUCCUUCUUGAAGAAAACUUGAAGAGAAAAAUGAAUUUUAAAAGAUUAAGAAAAACUAAAAAUUAUUUUUGUAAUGAAGGAAAGAAAACUGAUAUAAAAUUUUAUUGAAAGAAAUAAAAUAUUCGAGAAAAAGUU